AUGCCGUGGGUGCUGAGAGGCCGAACUUGGAGUGGCGAAACUCCCAUUCGUGACACGUCGGCGGCGUCGCCUGCGGCCCGCGACUUGAGGGAGCAAGUCAUCAUCGCCUUCUUCGGGCGUCACAAUCUUUUGAACGUGCAAGCCGGAGGAAUUUAUGCAUCCUACGCGCCCAAUCCCUCCGACAUCGACUUUCUCAAGAGCCCUACCUCGCGUUUCUUCCAGAACUUUGCCCAAUGGUCCAAACCCGUCCCUCGAGCAAUGAUUGAACAGCUCAAGCACUGGAAGGACUACAUCGCCGACCUCGUCGCCAGUAAUCCGCAGUCAACGCGCUCGGCCGUGCUUCCCCUGCCCGCCAAGACGCUCAACACGAUAUUCGGGCAAGCCGUUCCUAGCCAAAUCGGGGGUCUUGUGCCCAUGGUACAUGUCGGUCUCGACAUUACCCUCGAGGCUUACCUUGAUGGAAGCCCAUUCUGGUCGGGCCACUCUCAAGCAGGGCACAUCGCUCGCAUCUUUACCCAGCAACAUGCGGCCUACGAACUCGGCCGAGACGACUUUGAGCUCGACGUAUCCGCUAUGCCAUUUGUCGAUGUGUUCCCGUGGCCGUGCAAAGCGGACCUGGACCUGGGACUGGCUCAGCUCAUGAAUUACCUUGGUAUUGUCGUCCUCCCCAUCCUCGUCAUUGCUCCUUCGCACUUGUCGUUCUCCUGCGCCAUGGCAAAUUGGCUUCACCCGUUCGGAAUCGGUUUGGAUACGGAGAUCUUCUCGCAUGUGGGCAAGGUGAACUGUCGAUAUCUCCUUGACAAUGACUACCUUGAGGACGAGACCCAGCUCGAGCCACCCCGCGAUCGGGAGGUUCUCGUCAUAGACCACGUACAUCCGGGCUACGACAAGUACGGCACUCAGCCGCAAGAGCUUCGCCGUGUCUUUGACAUCUGCCACACCAUCACGUGGUUCGUUGCCGGUGUUGUUGUGGAAAAGUCCCAUCUACUCGCCCAGGGUCGUCCCGACGGCCGAGCCGAUCGCGCAGCCGUCAUCGACGAGGUCAUGAAAACCCUCGACUUGUCCUCCCGCUUCAGCGACCUCGAGCAGAAAUGUGACGCGUGGGUUGCCGAAUAUCAACUGUGGGUGGUCGAACAUCGCGCGCAGUAUCGUCCUCGCAUGGGAACGGCGGUGGCAAGCGGGGUGCGCAAAGCCGGUGCACGGCGACGCGUAUCGAACAUCGAGCUCGCGUGGGGCGAUGUCGGCAGUGCGGAGCGUCAGCGUCAGCUCGUACGCGUCUGGAAGCUGCAGAACCCAGAAUAUUUCCUGUGCUUGGAGCGGCCGGUCACAUGGGAAAAGUGGGAGCAGUGGGGUGGAGGCGUUGCCAAAGGGAAUUCGUAUUUCGCGACCGCGCUCGCGCAGGCUGGUCGACAGCUCCUGGUCGCCCAAGGACGACAUCCUUUGCGCAGCGUCUUGCUCGGUGAGUUGCUCAUCCCGGCCCUUGGCAUCCGCACAUUCCCCUGCUUUCAACCUGCGUAGACACCCUCGCUGGCUUGCAACCUCCAACGGUUCGCUGACAGGUGGCUUUCGACUUCUUGGUAUGUGCCAUAGCGUUCACCCCCGACGAGAUGUGGAUGGCCGAUCCCGUCGCUGUGCAACGGGCCUUGUCCACAUGGUCCCACAACGCACUCGCCCACCGUGUCGCCGACCGUGACUUUCCCGCUGAUCAUUGGUCCAGCAAGAAGCAGCGCGCACGCACGCUCAAGAAGGGAACCAUCUUUCUGGACAGGCUGGAGGGAGAGGUAGCAGAGUUCAACUUCUCGAACCGAAAGUGCGAAAUCCUGCUCCGCCGCCACGACACCGAGGUUGACAAUGACUUUACCUUCCGUCUUCGGCUCUCACCGAGCUUUGCCCCCCGCGCCGAAGGCGAGCGCCGCAUCUUGCACUUCCUUCCCGGAGGUGUCGGACUCGAGGACGAGAACGGGAAUUUCCUACAACGUGAUGGUUUCACCCCCGAAGAAGGCAUCUUUCGUGCUCGAGACGCAGUGCUGGGGCAUCGUGGGGACAUCUUUGCUCGCAUCUUCGCUGCCGAACGGGCGGCUCUGGCCCCUGCCGCGCCUGCCCGCACGGCCACCACCACCUCGACGAGUACGAACACGCUUGCUGCUACGGCCACGGCGAUGCAACUCCUGAUGCCCCCGACGGGAGAGCCGCCGGUCACGUCUACCACCCGUAAACAGAAGCGCACCGAGGCGAGGGAACAGAACAUCUCCCCCGGAGACGGGGUCUGGCUGCUAAAACAAUGGGUCGACUGGAGGUGUGGGUUUGAGAAGCCGAUCACAUUCAACACGCUCAAUCCCCGCGACGGCCUGUAA